AUGGGCGACGACGCGAACGACGCCGCCGCGCAGGCGAUGAUAGCCGAGUACGACGACGUCCCUGACACGGUGUACGAGGAGGAGGCAGAAAGUGGCACAGGCGAUGAUACGUCGUCAGCCACUGAGGAGCCACCUACGCUGCGCCUCACAUUCCAAGAACAGGAUUUUGCGGUGUUCCCUGCGCAGCAAGAAGAUGGCCCUGUGAUGUACCUUCCAUCCGGGGAAGAGGAUGACGAGGAGGAGAGUGUCGUUGCUGUGUCUGCCCCAGAACUGCCCGUGCCGUCGAGCACGUUUUGGGAGCCACUAGACUCCCUCUUCGCGGCCCUGCGUGUGAAGGAAGCACUGGGUGAGUUUUUGGAGGAGGGCACAGAACUGCACCUCACAUUCCCGGACCUCGACUUGGUAAUUGCCGAGGACAAUGUAUAUGCAAAAGAAGUGACACUGUGCGACAUUUCCCAGCUGGCUUUGGGAUUCCAGCAUCGUGCCAGUCUGCAUGUGGUCGUCUCCGAAGAGCCGCGCUUUAUUACACGCUAUAAUGAGCUAGCUACCAUCCUAGGGGAUGGAUCAGAGGACGACGAGGAGGAGGACGAAGACGCCUCCGUCGAAGACCCGUCGCAGGACGAUGCGCAGGCAGAGAGCGCCGAGGCGGAGGAGGACGCCUCCGUCAAAGACCUGCCGCAGGACGAUGCGCAGGCAGACGAUGCUUCGGCGAGUGAACCUGCCAACGUAGACGGGACCCCCGAGCAGCAGGGACCGCUUCAUGAGGUGGCACACGAGGACGAUGCAGAGGCGUCGUCGGCACAGGUAUACGACACCGAGACACAGGCAGAAGCGUACGUGGCCGACAUCGAGCAGCCGCUGGACGCAGCUCAGACCUCGGCGGCGGAUGAGGCGGCAUCGACGCAGGAAGAAGCACCUCGUGAAGCAGUGCCUGCCUCGGACCUGCCCCAGGACGUGGUUGCGUCGGCGGAGGUGGAGCCAGCCGCGCUGGAAAAAGACACAGGCACUCGAUUGGCAUCGCAUUCACUUGCUCGGGCAGACGCUGGUACAGCUGUGGAAGAAAAGGCGGAGGAGACUGAUGCGCCCUUGAACAAGGCAGAGGAGCCCGCAGGGCAUGCGCAGGCGGCACCCACAGACGCGUCACUAGAGGAAAUGGCGUACGUUGACGAUGAUGCUGCGUUGGAAACUGUGUCGCUUUAUGGCGAGCAAGACCAAGCAGCCUAUGAAGACGACGCGGUAGACUCUGUGUGCGGGAAACGCAGUACACAGGGGGGCGACGCGGAUCUUGCGGCCUCUGACGCAAAGCGGACGAAAGUCGACCAGUAG